UUCAACGACCGUCGGACGUGUAACUCAUACUGAGUUGAAGAAAUACCAGGCGAAAAUAAAAGGCAGGGUUUGUAUAUGUGUGUGUGAGAGAGAGAGGGGUGCAUCGGGAGCAGCUAUGGGUGAGAUCGAGGGCACCUAUCGGGCCCUGCAGACCCCUGGCACACGGCUCGGAGCUCAGUACAAUACCGGCAUCAUCAGCACCCUGGAGCCUGGGCAGAGCCUCAGUUCGGCUAUGGGAGCAGGAGGGAAAAACCACAGCAAGGGCCUGCAGAUCCGUGUCCAGGGCCUGGAUGAUGCUCAAGAAUUCUAUGAGCUUGAUAUCAACUGGUACAGCAUUGCUCUGGCAACGUCAAGGUUGCUGAUGUGCCUUGAAUGCACCUUAAGUCGCUUUAGAUGCAAGCAUCUUCCAAAUUCAAAGGCGGAUGGUCAAACUCUUUUCUCUGAAGUGUUCAGACGGAUCAAUCUCAUCGAGAGCGAUUACUUUGGACUGGAGUUCCAGAACCUGCAGAUGAACUGGGUUUGGCUGGAUGCCACCAAGCUCUUAGUGAAACAAGUGAGACGGCCGGUGAAUACACUCUUUCGGUUAUCAGUGAAGUUCUUUCCUCCAGAUCCUGGCCAGCUUCAGGAAGAAUUCACUAGGUACCUGUUUUCUCUGCAAAUCAAGAGGGAUCUAAUGGAUGGCCGACUGUACUGUACAGAAAACACAGCCACCCUGCUGGCCUCUCAUUUGGUGCAAUCGGAGAUCGGUGACUACGACGACAUAGCGGACAGGGAGUUUCUGAUGAUGAAUAAAUUGCUGCCAUUUCAGGAACGCGUACAAGAGAAGAUCAUGGAACUCCACCGUAGACACUUUGGGCAGACCCCAGCAGAGUCAGAUUUCCAAGUUCUGGAGAUUGCUCGUAAACUGGAGAUGUAUGGGGUGCGCUUCCAUCCUGCCGCUGAUCGUGAAGGUACCAAGAUCAACCUGGCUGUAGCCCACAUGGGCCUGCAGGUAUUUCAGGGUCACACCAAAAUCAACACCUUCAACUGGUCCAAGAUUCGGAAGCUGAGCUUCAAGAGGAAAAGAUUUCUAAUUAAACUGCACCCAGAAGUUCAUGGUCCUCAUCAGGAUACGCUGGAAUUUCUAAUGGCCAGUCGGGAUCAGUGUAAGAUCUUCUGGAAGAACUGUGUGGAGCAUCACUCCUUUUUCCGUCUGUUUGACCAGCCUCAGCCCAAAUCUAAAGCCGUCUUCUUCAGCAGAGGAUCGUCCUUCAGAUACAGUGGAAGGACGCAGAAACAACUGGUUGAGUACGUUAGGGAAAGUGGGUUGAGGAAAACUCCUUACCAGAGGAGGAACAGUAAGAUUCGCAUGUCGGCUCGUUCCUUGGCUUCUGAUGUGCCAAAACAGCAUCUGUCAUUCAAUGACAGUCUGAGGGCCCCUUUGUCUCCUCCUUCUGGGACCGCCUCCUUCCACUCCCUGCACACCCCCAGCUCACCCAUGCAGACGGAGACCCCGGAACAGCCUCAGCAUUUCGAGCACAGGCAGCAGCCUGCCAGAUCCCCCAGCCCCAUGAAGGAGGACCCCUUCAAGACCAACUCCCAAUCCUCCUACGCCUUCCCAGACUCUGCCAUUGACAGCCCACAGCUGUCUCCCUUCAACUCCAAAGGUCCGCUUUGUCUGUCACCCUCUUUCCAAAUGUCCACCCUCAGUCUUCCCGGGCAGGCACCCUCGCCCCUGCAGAGCCCCAUCCUGAAUGAGGUGGGCACUACCAGACUAGAAGAGGAUGAAGAGGGCAGGAGGAAGAGAUACCCUACUGACAAAGCCUACUUCAUUGCUAAAGAGAUUCUGACGACAGAACGAACGUACCUGAAGGAUCUGGAGGUCAUCACAGUGUGGUUCCGUAGUGCAGUGAUUAAAGAAAACGCAAUGCCUGAGGGUCUCAUGACUCUCCUGUUCUCCAACAUUGACCCCAUCUAUGAGUUCCAUAGAGGCUUCCUCAAAGAGAUCGACCAAAGGCUGGCUCUCUGGGAGGGCCGCUCUAAUGCUCACGUAAAAGGAGAUUACCAACGAAUUGGAGAUGUAAUGCUGCGUAACAUGUGUGCUCUAAAGGAGUUCACAGGCUACCUGCAGAAGCAUGAUGAGGUGUUAACAGAGCUGGAGAAAGCUACAAAGCGCGUGAAGAAAUUGGAGACGGUGUAUAAGGAGUUUGAACUGCAGAAGGUGUGCUACCUGCCCCUCAACACCUUCCUGCUGAAGCCCAUCCAGAGACUCAUGCACUACAAACUCAUUCUGGAACGCUUGUGCAAGCAUUAUGCUCCCCAGCACAGAGACUAUGAUGAUUGCAAAGAGGCCCUGAAAGAGGUGGCAGAGAUUGCUACUCAGCUGCAGAGCAGUCUGAUUCGAUUGGAGAACUUCCAGAAGCUGACAGAACUUCAGAGGGAUCUGAUAGGCAUUGAGAACCUUACAGCUCCAGGAAGAGAAUUCAUUAGGGAAGGUUGUCUCUUCAAGCUCACCAAGAAGGGUCUGCAGCAAAGGAUGUUUUUCCUAUUUUCAGACAUUCUGCUUUACACAAGCAAAGGAGUGACAGCAACCAAUCAGUUCAAAGUUCACGGACAGCUUCCUCUGCGUGGCAUGAUUAAUGGCCUCUGGCCUCUCUGUCUACUAACCUGCAUGUCUGUGCUUCGCUCCUGCUUGCAGCUUAUUGUGCUGGAUGCUCCGGUAGAGGAGAGUGAGAAUGAGUGGUCUGUUCCUCACUGUUUCACCAUAUACUCCGCUCAGAGGACCAUCGUGGUGGCAGCCAGCUCCAAAGUAGAGAUGAACAAAUGGAUCGAAGAUCUGAACAUGGCCAUUGACAUGUCGAAGAAGUCUCAGGAGAAAUCAGAUGUUCUGUUGGACCCAAGCCUGUAUGACCGCUCCAACAUAUUCAGUUCACCAGCCGUGUCUCCGGAGCUCCCCCCUCGUUACCUGCUCGGUCAGGGCCAGAGACCCAACACCAUCACACAUGUGUGCUGGUACCGAAACCAGAACCUCUCUCUCAUUGACUACCUGCGCAUGAACCAGAACCAGCUGUCUGGCUACCUCCUGAGGAAGUUCAAGAACAGCAACGGCUGGCAGAAACUUUGGGUCGUCUUUACAAACUUCUGUCUGUUCUUCUACAAGACACACCAGGAUGACUUUCCUCUGGCCAGUCUGCCGUUGCUAGGUUACACAGUGAGCACCCCAGGGGAAUCGGAUAGCAUCCAUAAGGAGUAUGUCUUUAAGCUGCAGUUCAAAUCCCAUGUUUACUUCUUCAGGGCAGAGAGCGAAUAUACAUUUGAAAGAUGGAUGGAGGUGAUCAAAAGUGCAGCGAGUACCAUAGGACGCAUGAGUCUGCUUGUACCCAAAGGUCCAGCAGAGAUGAACGGGGGCAGCUGAGUGUGUCGGACUAAACUCCUGGAGCUGGGGGCUGGGCCCACAGUCUGCCAGGACCAAUCAUCUUUACUCUAUUUUAUCCUUUCUGUUUUGUGGCGCUGAGAAGCAUCUGAUUCUUGACUUUGGACUUUCCGUUAGCUUUCUGCUUACUGGGAGUUAGAGAUGCUUAUUGAAACAUUGGACCGAUGGAGACGGUCUGAAAUUUUAAGCACUCUGCAGCUUUUCUUUUCCUAUUGUCAUCUCAUUAAUGAAACACAAAAUGGGCAUCUGCCUUUUCUACAACCAUAUUAAACUGAAAGAAUGAUUCUAGAACCACAUUAGACUGGAAUAAGUUAUGUUUGUGUGCUGUCCUUAAAUAUCCAGAGAGAAUAUUGCUAAGAUCACACUUGGGAGUUUUUACUGUAUUCAGGUCUUUAUGGUUUUUGCUAAGAUGAAACAGUCAUUGGGUCAAUAUUUAAUGAACAUUUAGUCUUUGUCGGAGCGGACACUUGUUAAGCCAGUUAUUUCAGUAGAAAUCAAGUCCCAAAGGACCGGAAAAACUGUUGUUGUAAUUUCAAUGAUUUGUCAGUAGUGACUGAAUAUUACUAAGCGGUGAGCUGAGGAGGUUUGUAUUAAGUCCAGUUGGUACAGUAAGUGGGAUGAAAGACAGUAGCACUGUAAAAUGUGCCUCAAUGAUGAAGAAACACAGUAAGUUGGUCAGAGAGCAUGUUUACAGGCACAGGGUGUUGGUAGGAGCUCAGAAACCUAAGUUGUGUGAUGGGGAGGAUCUGUGCCCCCACCCUUUAAAUGACUAAAGAAGAAAGUUUUGUACAGGAAAUAAUUGGAGAGGAAUGGAAAUGUUAUUUUAAUGAUGAGGCAGCCAUAUCAAAACAAAGUGCUUGAAAUCAGCUUUUACAGUACUUUUGCUGUCCUCUUCCAGCUUAGUUCUGGUUGGUGUCAUAUUAUGGGAAAAGCAUGUCAUGAAGGUCAUUAUUAUCUGAUUGUUACUAUUUAGUGGAGUUUUAAGUUCUUGGUGAAUUAUCAUUUAAAUAUCUCUGCAUUGAUUUGAUUAAAUCUGAAAACUAAUCUUUUUUUUUUUUUUUUUUUUUUUUUUGAGGACUGACCAAGAAGUAUUUGUUAACCAAACUAAAUUGCAAUGUAAUGUUUUAAAUAAUGCAUUCAUAAAUGCUAAGUUCUGUUUCACUAUUUUUGGUCUUUUUUAUAUUUUGGGUCAUCCACAAUGUAAUAUUGUACUUUUGUUUCAGUUUCUAAACACAGGGAAGCGGAAACCGGUCUAAAGUUGCAUCAAACAUCAAAGUUCAAGUUAUCACAGUAAAAACAAAUACAAGUGCCCCAAUGCAAUAGCUUUACUGUCCUCAGUCAGUCCCCAAAUCCUGAUCUUAAAGUUAGGAUCAAUGGCCAUAUGCUGCCUGUUCCCAUAUGUUACCUUGCAUUCAGGUUUUGUAUAUUUAUAGCAAUGGGGUCGUGAUUUCAAACGAUAGCCUGAUGUUUUGUUACUACCAAUAUUUUGUGCAAGGCAUAUCUUUAUAUAUAUAUAUA